AUGGAGGGCAGAAUCCUUCCCAGCCUGAAGACCUUAGUACAGACUCCCACUCUGCAGGUGCAGGUGAUCAGAGUAACAGUCCAGCAGUCUUCUACCGAGGCAGAGCUGAAGUGUCACAGCAGCUGCAGUCCAGCUGGUGGUCUUCCUUUUUACGUCUGGUUCAAGAACAGAGAACACAUUACCUCGGUGGAGACAUCUACUUAUACAACCUGGUUUAAUCCCACAGACGUCUUCUCCUGUGGGUUGAAAGGACAUGAGAAGUUCCCCUCUCCUUCAGUGUAUGGUCCAAAGCUUCCCUCUGUGUCAGUGAGUCCCUCUGCUGAGAUAGUGGAGGGCAGUUCAGUGACUCUGACCUGUAGCAGUGAUGCUAACCCAGCAGCUACUUAUACCUGGUUGAAGAGCAAUGUAAAGCUCAGACCUCCCAUUGAAGAACAACAGCUGGUCCUCACGUCCAUUCAGUCCUCUCACUCUGGACAAUAUACAUGUAGAGCUAGGAACAGCCUGGGGUCUAACACAUCCAAACCCAUUUCUAUUAAAGUGAAAUAUGCUCCAAAUCUUCCCUCUGUGUCAGUGAGUCCCUCUGGUGAAAUCGAGGAGGGCAGUUCAGUGACUCUGACCUGUCAAAGUAAUGCUUAUCCAGCAGCUAACUACACCUGGUACAAGAAGAAUGGAAAUCCAGAACUUCAACCUCUCAGUGAAAAUACACCUCUUGUCUUCAGCUCCAUCCAGUCCUCUGACUCUGGACAGUAUUACUGUACAGCUGAGAAUGAGCUGGGGAGGACAUCUAGAUCCAUCUCUAUUGAUGUGAAAUAUGGUCCAAAGCUUCCCUCUGUGUCAGUGAGUCCCUCUGCUGAGAUAGUGGAGGGCAGUUCAGUGAAUCUGACCUGUAGCAGUGAUGCUAACCCAGCAGCUAACUACACCUGGUACAAGGAGAAUGAAGACUCACCAAAAGCAUCAGGACAGAUCUUCACCAUCACUGACUUCAGAGCUGAACACAGUGGGAAUUAUUACUGUGAAGCCCAGAACAGAAGAGGACGUCAGAACUCCACCUUACAUCUGAUUGUUGUAGCAGAUAAAUCAACAAUAACAAUGAUAACAAACAGCAUCAGGUUGACUCUGGUGGGGGUUGGGGGGCUGAUUCCUCUGCUUCUUUUUUGUCGGUGGAUGAGGUGA